CAAGAGAGACCAAAGUCCACCUGGUAAUCGUCCCAACAUGAGUGGUCUGGGAAUUGUCCUGGUGGGGAAGAACAUGUCAGAAAACAACAGAGUGGGAAACUUAAUCUUUGAUAAAGAUGUGUUUGGAAAGACAACACAACUUGAUGUAGAGACAAUGAGUGAAUCAGUGGAGGGAAGGAACAUCACAGUCAUUAAUACAACUCACCUGCUCGAUCCAGACCUCACAUUACAACAAAUGGCACAUAACGUGUCCAAGAUUUCUCCUUUAGAGCCUUAUGUGAUCAUACUGGUGCUGCAGCACAAUGAUUUUACUAAGAAGAAUAGAGACAGAUUACCUUCAUUGUUGAACUGCUUUGCUGAGCAUGCGAUGAAGCGCACAAUGAUUCUGACUACUGAUGACAAGAAACGCUACACUAAACAUAGGUCUGAAAGUGAUUAUAUUCAAGAAAUAUCUACAGAAUGUGGAGGAGGAUGCUUUCAACUUACACAAACUACGCGGCAGUCUCAAAUACUUCGAAAAAUGGAUAAAAUAAUCAGUCAUGGUGUAGUUAAAGAGACACAACAGGUCACAUCACUGCAUGAAGAAUACAGCAAGAGCCAAAGACGACUAAGUCAAAGUGAAGAACAUCCUAACAUGAGUGAUCUGAGGAUUAUUCUUUUGGGGAAGGAUGUUUCAGAAAACAGCAGAGUCAGAAACUCCAUCCUGGGAAUAGAUAUGUGUGAGAGUGAUGUACCUACAAAGCAGCACAAUAUGACGAUGAUUGGUGGAAAAAUGAAGGACAGACACAUCACGGUCAUUAACACUCUUCAUCUGCUGGAUCAAAACAUCUCAAAUCAUCAGAUCGAACAGACAGUGAGAGAAUGUGUGUAUGUGUCUGCUCCAGGACCGCAUGCAUUCAUAAUCAUACAGCAGUAUAAAAACUUAACUCAGGAGGACAUGAGAAGAGUGAAUUUUGUGCUGAAAAAAUUCAGUGAAGAAGCGAUUAAACGUACCAUUGUUCUCAUGACUGAUAAAGGGACAAUGUCGCAAACGCAUACAGUUACUUAUCAGUUUAUAAAGGAGUGUGGAGGAGGACAUAUGGAGUUUGAAAAAGAAAACCCAGAAUGGCAAUCUGACAUAUUCAAGACGGUUGAUAAGAUAAUUCAGGAUUGCCAGGAAAAAUAUCUUACAUGUGAUAUAUAUGAAGAUGUUAAAGGAACAUCAGUGUAUGAAGAGCAAAGUCAAUCUCAUGGUUCAGUCAGAUCAGAGGAAAAAAACAAAGAGUGUUCUUAUUACAAAGAUGAUGGAAAACCUGAACAGAGCGAGAGAAAUGAAGAAAGUCCAAUUGAUGUAAGAGAGUGGAUUCGCUCCAACUUGUCAUCAAAUUUCUCUGGAAAAAAGAAGCUGAACCUGGUGUUGUGUGGAAGUGAUUCAACAAUUAACGUCUCAGUGUCCAAACUUUUACGAGGAAAAUAUACAAAACACUCACAUCACAGAGAGAGCACUGAAGAGUGUGUAAAGAAAAAGCAUAAGAUUCAUGGUCGUCUGAUCCAUCUGGUGGAGCUUCCAGUUCUCAAUCUACUCUCAGAAGAGGAAGUGAUGCGUCAGACUCUCCACUGUGUGUCUCUCUGUGAUCCUGGAGUUCAUGUUUUCCUCAUUAUUAUUCCUGCUGGUCCACUUACUGAUGGAGACAAAGCAGAAAUAGAGAAGAUCCAGAAGAUUUUUUAUUCCAGAGAGCAUUUUAUAGUAAUGUUUAUCAAGGAUGUCACUGUUAAACGACCAGUGACAAACUUUAUAAAAUCCAGCACAGAAUGUCAGAGGUUAAUUAGUCGUUGUGGAGGUCGAUACUGUGUGAUGGCUUUAAAAGAGCAUGACGACUCACAACAGAUCCCAGAACUACUGGAUUAUAUAGAGAACAUGAAGACUGAACCAUAUUCACAACAGACAUAUGUGAAAGCUCAAAAGAACAGAGUCAGACAUCAAACAGAAGAGAAAUAUGAAGAGAAACUGAAGAAAAUGGAGGAUAAAAUCAAAGAUUUAAAGCAGAAGAUUCAGUCAGGUGUUUCAGGUUCUGAAUGUUCAGAUGAUCUGGAGAGUUUGAGGAUUGUGCUGAUUGGAAGGACAGGAAAUGGAAAGAGUUCAACAGGAAACACUAUUCUGGGAAGAAAUGAAUUUGUGAGUCAAGCAAGCAUGGAUUCAGUGACAACUGUUUGUCAGAAGGGAGUUGGUGAAGUUGCUGGUCAAUCAGUAGCAGUUGUUGAUACUCCAGGUCUCUUUGACACGACACUGACAAAUGAACAAGCAGUGGAAGAAAUAGUGAAAUGUGUUUCACUGUCAUCACCUGGACCUCAUGUGUUUGUCAUUGUGUUGAGUGUGGGGAGAUUCAUUCAGGUGGAAACAGACACUGUAGAUCUGAUAAAGAAGAUUUUUGGUCCAAAAGCUGCUCAGUUCAGCAUUGUUCUGUUCACUAGAGGAGACGAUCUUGAGGGUGAAUCUAUAGAUAAAUAUGUGGAGAGAGGAAAGAAUGCUGAGGCCAAGAAACUGAUCAGAGAUUGUGGAAACAGAUUCCUGGUUUUCAAUAACAGAGAAAAACAAGACAAAACUCAAGUGAUUCAACUGUUAGAGAUGAUAGAAGAGUUGAAAAACACUAAUGCUGGUCGAUACUUCACUAACAGCAUGUUUGAGGAGGCAGAGAUGUCCAUUAAAAAGAGAAUGGAGGAAAUACUGAAAGAGAGAAAAAGAGAAAUUGAGGCUCAAAAUGAGGCAUUAAAAGCGAAAUAUGAGCUACGAAUGAAAAACCUAAAGGAGAAACUCAAGGAAGAGAAACAAAGAGCAGAUGAAGAGAAAAUGAAAAUGCAGAAUCAAUUCAGAGAAAAAGAGGAAAAACUCAGAAAGGAGUCUGAAGAAAAAGAGAAAACAGAACAGAAGAAAAGAGAGCUUGAAAACCAGAAACGGUCAGAAGAGGAACGACAGCAAAAAGCUGAAUAUAAUCAAAAAAUAGAAGAAAUGAAGAGAGAGAUUGAAAAUCAGAGAUCACAGUAUGAAAAACAGCAAAAAGAAAGACAGGAUGAAGAUAGAAAGAGAGAGGAGAAAUACAGACAAGAUCAAGAAAAGAUGAAAAAUGAACAAGACCGUAUUAUAACAGAAAAAGAGGAAAUUAAACAACAGCAGAAAAAAUGGGAGGAUGAAAAGAAACAACAGAUGAGAGAACGAGAAGAAGAAGAAAGAAAGAGAAAAGAGAAACAUGAGGAACAACUGAGAGAAAAACAAGAAGAACUGGAGAAAAUGAGAAGGAUAUUUGAAAGAGAGAAAGAAGAAGAAAGACAGAAGAUUGAGGAGGAGAGACAGAAACAGAGAAGAGAGAAAGAAGAAAAAGAGAGGGAAUAUGAAGAAAAGAAACUGGAAACAAAAAGAUAUUAUGAUCAGCUGGAGCAAAAGAGAAAAGAGGAGUGGGAGAAAAGAAAACAAGAUGAUGAUGAGAGACGAGAAGAAGAGAGAAAGAGAUGGAAGAAAAUGAUUGAAGAUCUGAAACAACAGCAAGAAAAAGAGAUUAAGAAAAGAGAAAGAGAAAGAAAAGAAAGAGAUGAGAAACAGAGAGAUGAAAUGAAACAGAAAUAUGAAGAAGAAAUAAAAUUCAUAAAGAAGAAACAUGAAGAUGAAGCCAGAAAAAAAGCGGAGGAAUUUAAUGAAUUCAGAGAGAGAAAAGAGCAGCACGUUCAAGAUCUCCAACAUAUGCUGGAAGAACAUAAGAAACAACAGGAAUUUCUGGAAAAACUCUAUCAACACUUUAAAGAUAAGAAAAGUGAAGAAGUGAAAAAUCUUAAAAAGGAUAUUGAAGAUUUAAAAAAGAAAUGGUGUAGACUUAUGUGAAACUGUCAUGUUCAAUAGCCAAGCAUAAAUUACACUUUUUUUGGGUAAGUUUAGUUUUGUGAAUGAGUGCCAUCAGAAUGAGAGUCUAAACAGCUAAUAAAAACAUCACAAUAAUCCACAAGUAAUCCACACCACUCCAGUCCAUCAAUUAACAUCUUGAUAAGACAAAAGUUAUGUGUUUAUGUGCAUUUAAAAGUCAAUAAUCCAUAAUAUUGCUUUCUUCAAUGAAAAAGCCCUAAAAAUAAUGAUGUUUUCAG